AAAUACUGAAAUAUCGUUGUUAUUUAUUGAAAAUGUGGUUUCGCUUAAAUUAUUGUUAUAAUUAUGCCAAGAGAGUCAAGUAAGUGUCGUGAAUGGGAAAAAGAGCGAAGGAAUCGUUUAAAUGAAGCUUUUGCCACGUUAUGUAAAUUAUUGCCAUGUUAUGAUCCGGCUACCAAUCUUAGUAAAAUCGAUAUUUUGCGUAAUGCCACAACUUACAUUGAGGAGCUCCAAGUCAAGAUUAAAACCUUUAUAUCGAAAGAUGACGAUGAACCGGCUAAGAAACUAAAGAAUGACGAAUUUAAAAAAUUGCAAGAACGUAUCAAAAAACUCCUCAGUAAAAAUGAGCAGUUGUGCACACUUUUACGUGAAGCAAAGAUCCCAAUUCCGCCAGGAUGCUCCCUUAGGAAAUUCAAACCCCCUUUUCUUUGGUGUAAUAAAAUUAUGCCUGAACAGGCCAAGCUUCUACAAAAGAAGGAGCUCGACAAAGAAAAUGAUGCGUCAGCGAAAAAGCCACAAGGUCGCAAGUUUACAAACAAGAACAGGAACAAAGGUGGGCAGAAUAGCACCCCCAAACAUAGAAAAGCAAUUUUGAAUCGAUCAGACCCCAAAAAACUGAGACCCUCAAAGAAGAAGAAAAUUAAACCAAUAGCAACGUCAAAAUGUGUGAUAGUGUUAUCCCAACCGAAUGCCACACAGCCAUGUUACAUCAUCACAAACGCGCCUUCAAACAAUAUUUUAGGCGGUUCUUCCACUGUCAUCACAAACUCGACUUUAGUUGCAAAUCCGUUGGUGUCGUCCAAAGCGACCAAGACCGUUUCUUCCAUCCCAUCUCUGGGCCCUGGCACUUUGAUUUUAGCCAACGGUACCAUAAUGCCGGUUCUACCGCAACAAACCGUCCUUCCACAAAUCAUCACCAGACCUCCACCUAUCAUUUUGGUACCAAGAAACCCCAUUACCACCACUUCGACGCCCACAACAAGCACCCAGUCGGUAAAAACUGCCAGUAGUACCACCACAAGUGUCAAAACUUUGACUCGAAUCAAGCCAAAAUAUUGUCUCACUCGCACAACUCAGGUUAACAAAGUACCAAUUCCUGCUUUAACUUCGCGUUACUCGAACCCGGAAGUGGUACUUAAGAAAAAUGAACCCAAAGUUAAGGCCAAGCCAGUAGAAAAGAAAGUCACCAAAGAGAAUGAAGAAAAACGAAAAGUACCGACACCCGACGAAAAUUCCACUGAAACUAAGAAAGCGAAAGUUGAUGAAAACAAGGAAAAGGAAAAAGAAGUUGAGAAAGAACCACCUGAAACUCAGGAAGUGCAAACAAAAAAUGUUGAAGAGGAGGAAAAGAGGAAGGAACCUGAGGAGAAACCUGAGGAACCUGAGAAACCCAGCGAACCAAAAAAACCAGAAGAGACUCUCGAAUUGAACAUAAAUUCUGAAUUAUCGAACGAUAUUUUUGCCUCUUUGCAAGUACCAGCCGGGUGCCAAAACCCCGAGUCAACCUCCCCCACAGCGGCAUUCCUUUUGGCUUUCCCUUUGGUGUCGUCGUUGACAGGAGUCAAGGUCACUGAAGUGACUGAAGAAGACAACACGGAGAGUCAAAGAGGCACCCCCACGUUGCUCCAAAUCGGCACCAUGGACACCACGAAACCCACCCAAUCGGAAAGCCUCACUCCCAGUCUUCUAAACUUGGAUAAUUUAUCGUUUUUCUCCUCGAAAGACAUUGGGGGUUUUUAUAAUUCGUUUGAACCAACGACGACAACAGUACCAAUCACAACCGUUACUUCAAGUGUUAGUAAAGAAGAGAAAAAACUCGAGUACACGCAACCGAAAAACCAACUAGUACCAUAUUACGAUAACCGUAAUUCGGUACCCAUACCCACUUUCUGUAGUACCAAUAGUACGAAUUCGAGUUAUCAACAGAAACCCAAGAAUGUUGAAACCAAGCAAACAGCGUGUUCCAAUUACAACGCACAGAAAAUGUUCUCUUGUAACAGUUUUGAAACUCCGAAGGUUACUACAACGUGUUCGUACGCGAACCAAAUCAAGAGUUACCCAGAACCGUUGUACACCAAUAGCACCACUUACACCUACAGUAACACUUCUGAUACCAGUUUUAAUCAGAACUGCUAUAAAGAGCUUCCAAAGACUGACAAUAGGAGUUACUAUUCCUUGAAUUAUGAGAAUUACUCCGAUUAUAGGAAGAAUGAUUCGGGUAAUACGUAUUUCCCCACGUCAAAUUACUACUCCAAUGGGCAAAAAUUUGGUACAAAUAAUACCACAAAUGCCCAAAAACCGAAAAGUGUCCCUCAAAGUAGACCCCCAAUCAAUUGGAUGACCACUCCAGAUAACCGCACCCCCUCAGACUACGUCUUGCCCCAAUUCACGACGAAAGAAAGCGAUUUUGCCCACAAUUCAAUCUACCCUUGCAACACUUUCACAAAUACACAAACGACCUACUUCAACACGAAUCCCAUGUACUCGAACACCAACGACGGGAGUAACGCACAAGAAACACGAAAAAGUCUAGAUUUGCCCAUUUAUCAGCGCAACGAAAUUGAGGAGAACCAAUUCUCGUGGUCGCCCUCCAAAAUCCCGCAAUUCCUCGACCCCCCACACAGUUUCGUUUCGUCGACUCUCCCGACAUUAGUUGGCGAUUUAGCACUAGGAAACCCGCCCACUUUCGGGGAGCAAAAGGCGAAAAAACGGGUGAAGUACGAGGGCAACCAGAACUUUUUAUCAGUAAGUCAGUUAGUUGAUCAUAAUAAAGAGGUACCGGCGAGGACCACCACGCGACGGAAUAGCGGAAAUCGGGGAUCCUCGGCGAAGAAAUUGCCCCAAAAGGCGCCCCCCCACAGGAAGGACAAGGAAGUUUAUCCGGCAAAGGUCGAUAAAGGGAUGAAACAAGUGGGGUAUUCGAGUGAUUUGUUUUGUGAUGCGACGAAAAAUCGCAAAAAUAGCUACUCGGCUGAGGCGCUAAUCGGGCACCAGAUGCAAGGCGACGGGGGGCACAAAAACCGCCAAAAUUAUAACAAUAAGGCCAUUUCGGUGUCUUCGUUCCUCCACGACAAUAUCAUCCCGUAUUUCCCCACCGUUGAUUUACCACAAGACAAUUCAUAUAUGCAACAAAACCAGAAUUACCAAAGUACUUCGUUCACUCACAACUCUUUCAUCCCCUCGACGACCACUUAUAAUUUCAUGCACGAUGUCCCCACGCAUGAUUACAGUGAAAACCUCGCUUUGUUCCCCCCAGUGACCAAAGACAAGAACUGUAAAAUUGUCAAUCGGAAUGUGAGAGAGCAACAAUGUCCUACAACACCGAAAAAAUCAAAACGGAAGCAUUCGAAUGAAGGGAAUCUUCCCGGUUUUGUCGAUUUUCCGUUCUUGUCGAUGCCGGGGUCGAUCAAUUCGCCGAUUUUACCCGACGAUUUUCAUACACAUAGUGGGUUUUUGCAACCACCGACGCCCCAACUCUAUCCGUGUAAAAACCCGUUUACGAAGAGUAACGAUUUGGGGUCGAGUGCGUUACUGCCGUUACCGCCGGUCCCGGGGACCAGGAGCAAUAUCCAGCAUCCCGAGAUCUCGCCCUCGAUCAACAGUGCAGGGACCUCACUUACCAACUUCAACUUGUGCACGAUUUUUCCCGAAAUGAACAACAAGAGUGCGUUGCCUGAUCCUUACGCCGGGAAGGACCACACGAGGAGCUACAGUUCGAGCGUUCAAGUGACCUUCAACGAUAAGCCAACGUUUAGUUUUAGUUACAUUAAUACCACGUCUCAAUCCUACAACAAUCAGUGAUUUUGUUAGGCUUUCGAUUGUACCUGAUUCUUGUAAAUAAAGAAGAAUGUGAUA